AUGGAAGCCGACUGGGAGUUAGAUUCAGACAACGAGGGAAAGCGAUGGAGUCUCGGCCCGGCGUUCGACGAUGCGGGUCAGCUCUCAGACGACGAUCUUCUCACUGACCUCGGGAGUACCGCCGCCAUUCGAGGCGGCGAUCUUCUCACUGACCUUAACGGUACCGCCAUUCGAGACGACGACCUUACUACGAGCAACCUCGAGAGCACCGCCGUUAGCGGCGGUUUCACUAGUGGUGUCGCCGGAAGAGACGGCCAAAGUAGCGAUGCGAGCAACGGCGCGGGGACAAAUCGCACGCCGCAGGCCAACGGCGCGUCAAACCUUAACGGCUCGCUAGACUAUAACGGGAAUAGUGAAAGUUCUGAUCGACCUGGAAACGAGGAGGCUUUGCGAUCCGCAGGCGGCAUAGACGGCGGAGCUGUCAGUCUAAGCGCCGCGGACGAGGGGAGGCAGUUCCAGCUCAAUUUUGCGCGAGCCAACGGGUUGCGCGACGCCGGGGAGCAGAGCGUGAGGGUAGCUGCGCAGUUGGAAGUCUGCGCGGAGCAGAGCGGGGCUGGCGACGUGGGUGGCAGAAGGGAGGACACAGCAGAUGGAACGCAUGUAGCGGCAGUGGCGCCUGAAUUGGCGCCGCAUAGGGAGGAGCAGAGUGCUGAGUCAACAGGGCCGUCAGUGAGUUCACUCGCGCCCGAUUUAGCGCCAGAAGAAACGUCCGCCGGGGGAUUGGCAAACGGGAGCGGCGAGUGGGUGGGGAAGGAACCUGCGGAAGGUGUGAGGGAGGCCAAUGGUGCAACGGAUGCAGACGAGGGGAGACGAGGGCAAGGAAAGAGUGGUAGUGAGGAGAGCAGCGCAGUGAAUAGGUCGGGGGAGAUUAGGGUCGGUUUGAAGGACAUAAAGAGGAGUGGCAUGGGGAGUAAUGGUGGGAGUGGGAGCUUUGUAGCGAGUGUGAGCGAUAGGGGUAGCGGGAGCGGUAUUGGUGGCGGUAAACCAAGUGACAAGGGGAGAGCAGUGAUUGGAAAGGCGCAGGUGGGAAGUGGAGUGGGGGCGCGGAUACAGACGGGCGAGGCGGGGGGAGCGGGAGGAGGGGGAGGGGCAGGGGGAAGGGUAGAAGGGGGAUCGGGGCGGAUGUCAGUCCGCCAGCAGAGCCCUCGCCCUUCCGCUGCCUUCGCCUCCCCCACACGCUCAGGCCCUGGCACCAGGGGGAUAGCACCAGGGGGAGGGGGAAGCGGAGGAGGCGGAACAAGAGGGGCGCAGGGGGUGGUUGGCCGGUCGCCUUCAGAGGAGCGAAGGAGGGCAAACACGGGCAGUCCGGGCAGCAGAGGCAAGUCCGACAGCCCUGCCAGGAGAGGCAGUCCGGGCAGCUUGGGCAGCAUUAAACGACCGGAUUGGGCGAGCGGGAUUGGCCCGCUGACCAGCAGUUACAGCCCAGAGCUAGCGGGCAGGAAAGCAGGGGGCGGGGGGAUGGGGGGUUUGGGUUCUUUAUCCCUGGACCGGCAUAGCAUUGCUGUGACUGGGAGGUGGAGUGAUCCCGGGUGGUUGGGCAUCAGGGGAAGGGCAGGGGCGCUGGGGGGGGCGCAAGGGGGAGUGCAAGGGGGAGCGCAAGGGAGAGUGCAGGGGGGAGCUUUGGGGGGAGUGCGGGGAACUGUGGGGCAAAGUGCGGAGAGAGCAGUGGUUGCAGGGAAGGGGAGUGGGCGCGUGGGGAGUCCGAGUGGAAGGAGGGAUGCAGCGCCAGGAACAGCAGGGGGGAAGGCAGGGGGGAGAUUCGAGGGGGCGGAUAGGGCGGGUGUGAGUGGCGCAGCAGGGAGGGCCGGGGGAAGUCCUUUGAGACGAAAUGGCGCAGCAGGGGGGAAGGCGGAAGAGAGAGCAGGAGGUGUUGGCGGGGGACGAGUAGUGGCAGGAGGAAAUGCGAGUGCAAAUGCGAGUGCCCGCAGGCGGAUAGCCUUUGGCAGCAGUGUGAGCUUCAACGCGGCUGCCUCCAGCCCUGUCGUUGCCCCAACGCCCGCGCCUUGUGAUCCCCCACUGACUGCUGCUGGGGUUCCUCCUGGCAUUUAUGAGGGUAUGCAGGGCGUUUCCCCUGCUGUCAACAGUGCAUCCUCAUCAUCUGAUCCCUCCCCUGAUGUGGUCAACACCACCAGCACCUUCACUUCUGCUGCUGCUGCUGCUGCUGCUGGUGGUGGUGGUGAAUCCAAUGCUGCUGUUGCCGGCAGUGAUCGAAUGGGUGACACUGUGAGUGCUGUAGAUAGGGUAGGAAGUGUGGAGUUGGAGGUGGGGAGAGAUGAGGGAAGAGAGGAGGAAAGGGAGGAGAGAACAGAGGAGGGAAGAGAGGUGGACGAAAGCGUGGUGGAGGAAAGAGAAGAGGAUGAAGGGAUGACUCUGCAGGAGAUUAGGGGUGACAAGCAGGCGGGGACAAGAGAUCAAGACCAAGUAGCGGAGGGAUGGGAGAAGGAGGAGGAGGAGGAAGGCGGCAAGACAGACUCGCUAAAGACAGCAGAGAGGUCAACGCAAGCAGCAGAAGCCAAUGACACGGUGGGUGGCAGAGAUGACACGGUGGGUGGCAGAGAUGACACGGUGGGUGGCAGAGAUGACACGGUGGGUGGCAGAGAUGACACGCACAUUGACCUGCGCUCGCAGCGCAUCAGAAGCCUCAAGGCCCACACGCUGCACCUGCACACACAUCGUGUGCUCGCAGCGCAUCACAAGCGCCCCCCCUCAGUCCUCUUCUCCUCCUCCCUCCUCUUCUCCUUCCCCCUCCCCCCUCAUCCCCAUCCCUCAACUCCCCCCUACCAGCGCCGGGUGGACCUGCGGUCGCAGCGCAUCAGAAGCCUCAAGGCAGAUACGCUGCACCUGCCGCCUGCUGCUCAGUUUGUGUAUCUGAGGGGCAACAAGCUGACAGCAAUGGACGGCAUCGAGCGUCUCAAGAAGGUCAAGGUGCUAGACGUGAGCUACAACCAGCUGGGAGAGGCUUCCCUGGCGCCACUAGCUGCAUGCGCGUCCCUGCAGCAACUGUUCCUGGCGGGUAACCACAUCUCCUCCCUCGCAUCACUGCCUCGACUCCCCUCCCUCGAGUUUCUCUCAGUGUCUCAGAAUUCGCUCUGUCUCAUUGACAUGCCGUCCCAACCCCGCCUCAAGGUGGUCACAGCCAGCAGCAACAGCAUCGCCUCCUUCGAAUCCUUCCCCCUCCUGCCCGCUCUGGAGCACCUGCGUCUGGACGACAACCCAAUAGAGGACGCCCCUGCUCCGCACUUGGCUGCCAUUCUGCUCGCCGCCUCCUCUCUUCUCUCCAACUCCUCAGACAUCAAUGCAGCAGCUUGUGCUUCAUGUUUGCGCGUGCGCACCUCUGCAUGUGUGCGCGCCUCUGCAUGUGUGCGCGCCUCUGCAUGUGCUCACAAGGUGGGGUUGGGAGGGGAGGGCACGGGCCCAUGUGUGUGCAUGGGGUGGCCGCCGCCGUCCCCUCUAAUUGAUGUCAUACCAGCCUCCCUGGUGUCUUUCCUGGCGGCCCACUGGGCACCCAUGCUCCCUGCCGGCUACACCCUUUGCCUCGCUGCUGCUGGACCGCCCCAUACCUUUUCAAUCCCUCAACUGUGUGUGCCUGCCCUGUGUCUCCGUUCCCCCCCACCUCCCCCUGUCCUCCCAGCCUCCCUGGUGACCUUUCUCGCCACCCACUGGGCAUCAACGCUUCCUGCCGGCUUCACCCUCUCGUCGCUGCUGCUCGACCGGCCCAUAGAGGACCGCCCCUGCCACUGCCGCCUGCUGCUGCAGCGCACUGGUGGUGGUGCACGGGCGAGGGAGGAUGGGGAGGAGGAUUGGGGCGAGGAUGGGGUGAAAGAUGGGGGGCAGGAUGGGGGGAAGGAUGGGGGACCAGAUAGGGAGGAGGUUGUGGGUGAGGAUGUGGGAGUUGAAGAGAGAGAGGAGGGAGUUGGGCCAAGGGAGAGGGGAAAGGAGAGGGAGGGAGGGGAGGAGGAAUCAUCAGUGUCAUCGGGUGUGGCGAUGCGGUAUGAGUGGCUGCGGCGGGGCAAAGGGGCUGCGGAGUUCAGCGCCAUUCCCGAUGCUGAGGGGGAGGUCUACACGCCCUCCUUCUCAGACGUGCAUGCGUGUCUCGCUGUGCGCUGCACCCCGCUGCUCCACGGCCAGCCCUGCACGCCCCUUAUCCUCACCACGCCACCAGUCGCCCCUGGCCCGGGCAUACCACGAGUGCACCAUGUGUCGCUGGGAGGGGAGGCGGUGGAGGGGGGCGUGCUGACUGCCAUGGUGGAGGUGGGGUGGAGCUCGGGCGAGCCAGGGCCGUGCCAGUACAGGUGUGAGGGCGGUGUGCUGCUGACAGCCAUGGUGGAGGUGGGGUGGAGCUCGGCUGGACCCGCUUGGCACCCACAGCUCAGGGCGGGACAACAAGGGAGGAGGUGCAGAGGGGUGGGGAGGAGUACUCCCUCUCACUGCACGACGUGGGGGUGUGUGCUGCAGCUCGCCUUCACCCCGGUGUCUGCUGCAGGGGUGAGGGGGGAACCCGCCUCCGCCACCUCUCCCCCCAUUGCUGCCGGUGAGAAUGGGUGCAGAGGGGUGGGGAGCGGUGGGUGUGUGCUGCAGCUCUCCUUCACCCCGGUGUCUGCUGCAGGGGUGAGGGGGGAACCCGCCUCUGCCACCUCUCCCCCCAUUGCUGCUGGUGAGAGUGGCUGCUUGGUGCAGCAGGUGGCGGUGGAGGGGGAAGCACUGCUGGGGGGAGCGCUGCGGGCGAGUGCAGCAGGUGGUGGUGGAGGGGGAGGCGCUGCUGGGGGGAGUGCUGCAGCGCCCCCCCAGGUGCAGCAGGUGGCAGUGGAGGGGGAGGCGCUGCUGGGGGGAGUGCUGCGGGCGAGGGGAACUUAUUUUGGGGGAGCAGAGGGGGCGAGUUUGCUGCAGUGGUUCCGGGAGGAGGGGGGGAAGGCGGAGGGGGGGUUGGAGGAGGGGGAAGACGGAAGGAGUGCGGCCGGUGCUGGUAGCAACAGUGGUCGUUUGCGACUAGUGCCAGUGGGCGAGGGCAGAGAGUACGCAGUGCAGGCGGACGAUGUGGGCUGCUACCUGCUGCUGCGCUACACGCCAGUCGCCUCCUCAGGUCUGAUCGGAGAGCCAGUCACAGCGCGCUCGCCUAUCAUCUGCCUCCCGCUGCCGCGGGCGAGCGAUUUGGCGAUUGAGGGGCCGCUGGUGGAGGGUGGGGAGGUGCGGGUGCGAGUGCGGUUGCAAUGGGCCGAGGAGGGGCGCAGCGAGGUGGAGUGGUUCUUCACUCACACGCCCCACUCCCUUUCAACUGCGGACCUUCAGCCCAUCACUGCUGAGACCCCCAACUCCAUGGCCCUCACAGUGCCUCUGGAGGCCAUAGGGUCGCACCUGGCAGUGCGGCUGGUGCCGGUGCGGGCAGAUGGGGUCAAGGGCAGGCCUGUGGUCGCCGUGUCCUCUGCUGCAGUCACAGAGGGUGAGUCGCAGGUGUUGAGUGUGGACGAGGAGAGUGGGGAGGAGGAGGGGGGGGUGCUGGUGAUGGGGCAUUACUCUUUCACGCCUAUCAGGCACACUCUGGCGAUGCUGCUGAUUCACCCGUCUCCCAUACUGCAUUCCCUUUUCACCACCCUGCCCUUCCUUUUCUCCCGCCCAGAGGGCGAGCCGCAAGUGUUGAGUGCGGAUAUGGAAGGGGAGGAGGAGGAGGGGGGUGUGCUGGUGGGGUAUUACACUGCGGAUAUGGAGGGCGAGGAGGAGGAGGGGGGUGUGCUGGUGGGGUAUUACACGUACCAGGGAGGGGCCGAGGGGGACUCGCUCCUGGAGUGUGCGGAUAUGGAGGGCGAGGAGGAGGAGGGGGGUGUGCUGGUGGGGUAUUACACGUACCAGGGAGGGGCCGAGGGGGACUCGCUCCUGGAGUGGUACCGAUAUGCGGACGAGGACGGCCAGCCGGGGCCACACGGCGAGCUGGUAGAAGACGAGGACGGCGAGCAGCCGCGGAUGGCGGGGGGCGGCAUGAGUCGGCACAUGCCGUCCGCUAGCGACGUGGGCUGCUUCCUCUCCUUCCGCGUCACUCCUGUGCGAUCCGACGGGGUGGUCGGCACCCCCCAGGCAGUCUGCACGGCCGGCCCGAUCCGGGCGGCGCUGCCGUCCGUCAGCGACGUGUGGGUGGAGGGCGAUCUGGUGGAGGGCGGGCGGCUGGUGCCCAGGUGGACGUAUGCGGGCGGCAGGCAGGGCAACACACGCGUGCAAUGGUUCUCGAUGCUUCCUGACAUGAGUGAUAAGCGCCGCAUCCACCCUCUCAAGCAUCAGGGGGAGGAGGAGGGGGAGGAGGAUGGGGGAUUGAGUGUGGGGGCGGAGGAGGUGGGGCGGGUGGUGGUGGUGGUGUGCGUGCCGGUGAGGGACGAUGGGGAGGAGGGCGCUGCUGUUGAGAGCAGUCCUGUAGGGCCCAUCAUGGCAGCGCCCCCCUCGUGUGUGAAUCUGGCGGUGGAGGGCGAUGUGCGGCCGGGAGGGCUCCUCACCUGCCGGGCGCUCUACUGUGGAGGGCAGCAGGGCGAGUGCCAGGUAGCAUGGGUGAGAAUGACGCCCUCAGGGGAGGAGCAGCUUGUGGGGCGGCAAGGCACGUACACAGUGACAGCAGAGGACGUGGGGAGUCGGCUGCGAGUGGAGUUCACUCCUGUGCGGGCCGAUGGGGCUGCUGGGGAGGUGGCUGCUAUCACCACCGAUACAGUCACACCAG